CUCCACAGGAGCUGCGGCAACAGCGCUAGGGAGGCAUCCAGCCCUCCCUGCGAGAGCAGCGCUUUCGGCAGACAGGGAUUUAUUUAUUUGCUACACAUGCAUAUAUGUAUUUUUUUGUAUUAUUAUUUACCGGGCUGCGUUUGGUUUUCCCUAUUUUUUUUUUUUUUUUUUAGCCUUUUCACAAAAAGCCCCAAACCUCCCAAGUGACGAGCCUGAGAUUUCCCUAAAAUAAAAUACCUGCACAGUGGGGCUGCGUGGCUUCCCUUUCCCCCCUCGGAAAAUAAAGAGGAAGGGGGAGCAAGUAGGUAAAAUCCAGAAUAAAAUCAUAUUGCUCGAAAACUCACACAUCCUCCCUCUCUCUCUCUCUCUCUCACACACACACACACACACACACGCGCGCUCUUUCUCCUCCUCCUCCUCGCUGAAGGUGGGUAGCAGGAGCCAUGCAACAUCUGCAGAACCGGAUGGCAAAAGAGCAGGAGGAAAAAUAAUCCAAGUGGAGUGCUCAGGGGACACUGAGUUGUUUUUUUUUCUUUUUCUUUUCUCUUUUUUUUUUUUUUGUAAUUUUUUCCUUCUUCUUCUUCUUCUUCUGCCGCGUACCUGUGAGAUUCGAUUUCACAUUUUGCUGAGCCCAUUUUGGGGGCAUUUUAUUUUUCUUUCUCUUGGGAUUUUCUCCAUUGCCAGAGGAUGUCUCUUGUUGAGAGGAUGCUGAAAGGAAGAAGAAACGAAUUCUUUGACUGGCACUGAAGGAGUGGGGGGGUAUUUUUCCCCCUCAUUUUUUAGUUUUUUGUCAUUAUUCUUUUUCCCUAGGAAAUCAUUAACUGGGGGGGGGGUUGGUUUCUUUUUUCCCUCCCCCCCUUUUUUUGGAGGGGGAUUUCAGAAGAUCCAUCUUUCCUUCCCCUCCCCUCCAAAGAUUUUUUUUUUCAUCCUUCGUCUUUGUGGAAAUGUGGACAUUUCAGGCAGACAGAUUGAGUGGAAUUGUCUCUGCUUUAGCAGCUCUUUGUCUCGCCUGCUGUGCGCAAAGCCCCUCCACUGGAAAUAUUUCUGUGGUGAAAGAGAUUGUGGACAAACUGCUGAAGGGCUAUGACGUCCGCCUCAGGCCUGACUUUGGAGGUAACCCUGUCACAGUGGGAAUGAGCAUCCACAUCUCCAGCAUUGACCAGAUCUCUGAAGUCAACAUGGAUUACACCAUCACCAUGUACUUCCAGCAGAGCUGGCGGGACAAACGCCUGGCCUACAACGACCUUCCCCUCAACCUGACCCUGGACAACCGGGUGGCUGACCAGCUGUGGCUGCCUGACACCUACUUCCUGAACGACAAGAAGUCCUUUCUGCACGGGGUGACGGUGAAGAACCGCAUGAUUCGGCUCCAUCCUGACGGGACCGUCCUGUAUGGCCUGAGGAUCACCACCACGGCCGCCUGCAUGAUGGACCUGCGGAGGUACCCCCUGGACCAGCAGAACUGCACGCUGGAGAUCGAGAGCUAUGGUUACACGGUGGAUGACAUUGUCUUCUUCUGGCAAGGGAACGACUCGGCUGUCACGGGGAUGGAGGUGCUGGAGCUGCCCCAGUUCACCAUCAUCGAGCAGAGGCUGGUCAGCAGGGAGGUGGUCUUCACCACUGGUUCGUAUCUGCGCCUAUCCCUGAGUUUCCGGAUUAAGAGGAACAUUGGUUACUUCAUCCUGCAGACCUACAUGCCAUCCAUCCUCAUCACCAUCCUGUCCUGGGUCUCCUUCUGGAUCAAUUACGAUGCUUCUGCUGCACGAGUGGCACUGGGGGUCACCACGGUGCUUACCAUGACAACCAUCAACACCCACCUGCGGGAGACUCUCCCCAAGAUCCCCUACGUCAAGGCUAUUGAUGUUUAUCUCAUGGGCUGCUUCGUCUUCGUGUUCCUGGCACUCCUGGAAUAUGCUUUUGUCAACUACAUAUUCUUCGGGCGAGGGCCCCGGCAGCAGAAGAAGCAGAGUGAGCGCAUCAGCAAGGCCAACAACGAGCGCCACCGCUACGAGGAGAAGAGGGUGAGAGAGCAGGUUGACCCUUACGGUAACAUCCUCCUCAGCACUCUGGAGAUGAACAACGAGCUGCUGGCCACGGACAUGAUGAGCAGCGUGGGCGACUCUCGAAACUCUGUCAUGUCCUUCGAAGGCUCAGGAAUCCAGUUCCGCAAGCCGCUGGCCUCUCGGGAUGGCUUUGGCCACCACCCCACCCUGGACCGCCACGUCCCGCUGACCCACCACGCUGCCGCCCGCAACCGCGCCAACUGCCGCCUGCGCCGGCGGUCGUCCAAGCUGAAGCUCAAAAUCCCAGACCUGACAGACGUCAGCACCAUUGACAAGUGGUCACGGAUCAUUUUUCCAAUCACUUUUGGAUUCUUCAACCUUGUUUACUGGUUGUACUAUGUAAAUUGAUGCCUGCGGCCUCUGAGAGAGAUAAUAGGGACAGACACUCAGACAAUGACAACACAGGAGUGUUGUGGUCUUUUGGGUUUGGGUUUUACUCUUUACUAUCAUUGUCAUUUAUUCCUAUGGUUCAUUAGAUUUAUUCUAAGCUUA